AUGAAUGAUAUGGAAGAUCCAAGGGAAUUGCACAAUGAACAUUCAGAUGAUUUGUUAACAGAAGAUUCUUCUGAUGAAUAUAAAGAUUUGAUGAAAGAAUUCCAAGCUAAAUAUGAUGCGAUUAAACAAAAGAAGAAAGCUCGUAAGGAAAAGCAGCUUAAACUUCAACAACAGACAAGGGAAGUGUCUGGGUCUCCAUCUCCAUCUCCAGCUCCAGUGCCAGUGCCGAAAGCAAUAAUACCCAGGUCACCGUCACCAGACAGGAGGCACAAGAUUCAACAAAAGAAAAGUGUAUAUAUUCCACCUAUAAACCAAAGAGAAACUAAACCUAAACCAUCGGAAAAGGCUGCCAAUAAUUUCCUUAAUAAACUUUAUGAUGUUAGCUUUCAAUCAAAUGCAAGAUCUGCUCAACUGAUAGAUUAUGAUAAGAGAAGAUUUGAAUUCAAUCUUACUGAUUAUCAAUUCCAACCAAUAGAUGUCACCAAUGAUUUAGAACCAAUUACAAAACAAUAUUUACGUAAACGAUACUUAACAAAAGAUCAAUUUAAAAGAAUCAUAAAAGAAACUGAUCCUGAUUUGAAGUUUCUUAAAAUUGAUAAACUUUUGGCAAAAGUUAAUAAAUCAAAUAAUUAUUGUGAACCAAUGUAUACCAAUUGGUGUUUGGUUGGAUUUGUAUUAAAUAAAUCAGAAGUUAAGAUUGCUAAUAAAACUAAUAAUAAAUAUUGUAAAUUGAAAGUUGGUAAUUUCCAAUAUUCAGUUGAUUUAAUGUUGUUUGGUGGGGCAGUUGAGAAAAAUCAUAAGGUUCAACCCGGUGAUCUAAUUAUGGUAUUAAACCCCAUAAUCAGUAAAUAUGAACUUAAUUUUGAAUCAAAUGUCACCAAAACCGGAUUUAAUUUGAAAAUAGAUGAUACAAACAUAACCAGUAUUCUUGAAAUCGGAGCAAUUCGAGACUUUGGUUAUUGUAAACACACCAAUCGUCAAAACAAUAUCCGCUGUACAAAUGUGAUCAAUCCCAGAAAUGCCGAAUUAUGUGAUCUUCAUCUCGAUAUGAAAUUUAAAUCAAGUACAAGAAUGGAAUUAAAUGGAAGCAUUCAAAUGAGAUCACCACAAAAAACUAAGCAAAAAAUGUAUAUGGGUUCAAAGGCGGGUACAGGAUAUAUAAGACAAUUGAAUGAAGAUACCACAAUAACCACAAUGGGAGGAUCAACUCCUGAUUUCCAAAAAUUUCAAGAUCCAAAAUUACUUCAAACCCAAGUCAAGAGAAGGAAAUUACUUGAUGAACGAGCCAAUGAAAAACUUGAGAAGAAACUCUCGAAUUUACCUUCAAGUUCACUUAUAGAUAGACUCAAUCUAAUAAAGACCAAGAAACCAUUAUCGAAAGUGCUUGAAGCUGAAAAGACAAAAGAGCAUGGAUUUUCCGGGUCGAUGAUUUCACAAAUUGGGUUUGAUCCAACUUCGAAACCUGAUAAUGGUAAAACAAGUCCAUCUAGAAAAAAGAAGGAGGUUUCGCGUCUUCAAGAAUUGUAUGAAAUCAGUCUAGAGACAUCCAAAUCGAGAUCUUUAUCCUCUUCUAAAGAAGAUAAGCAAUCCAAGACUAAGAAAUGGAAGGAGAAUUUAAUGCAUUUGAAAGAAUAUGAAAAGAAUGUUUCUAGUCAACCAUUGAGCACUACGAAUUAUACAAAUACAUUGGAUGCAACAUUUCCUCCAUUGAUUCGUAAAAGAAAUAAACACAAUAUGGUACCUUUAGACGAUGAUAGUGAUGAUGACGACAUUGCUAUCGAGUUUGAUAAUGAUGACGCAAAAAAGCAGUAUGCAAAGAUGUUAAUACGUAACAAAUGA